ACUCAAGUCGCAGAACUCUCAAAGUUAGCCAAAGAACAGCGGUCGUCGCCAAUAUGCCAAGUUGCCAACGGAUAACAAUUAUCCAUAAGGUGGGUGAAUCAGAUAUUCAGACACCUCUUCCUCUCUCCUUUUUUCCGUCUUCCCUCUCAAAAUUCAUUCUACCACAGAAAAAUAUAAAAUUGAAAAGAAUAAAAAUUUGCAUCCCCAUUAAUGCUCUACAGAUUUUUCUCUCUCUCUGGAUUUCUCUAUCUAGAUUCUAUUGAAAAGAAGGAUUUACUACUUUCCACCAUAGGGAGAGGUGUCUAUCGAUGAAGUAUUCAGUUUCAAGUUUUUUCUUACAAAAAUCUCUUCUUCAUAAACAGUUGAUUCUAGCAGAUGGAAAGCAAAAUUGAAUCUCAAAAGGAUUACUAUAAGGUAUUAGAGGUUGAUUACGACGCAACAGAUGAGAAAAUCAGAAUAAAUUAUCUGAAACUAGCGCUGAAGUGGCAUCCAGACAAACACAAGGGUAACGACGCAGUUACCGUGAAGUUCCAAGAGAUCAAUGAAGCUUACAAAGUGUUAAGUGAUCCAGCUAAACGACUUGAUUAUGAUCUGACAGGAAACUAUGAGAUUGAUAAAUACAGUUUAAGGGAAUAUUUAACAAGAUUCAAAGGAAUGAUACUCACCUGCAAUGGGCUUGGUAUCGAUCAUGCUGCCAUAUGGACACACCAGCUGAUGGAUACUAAGGAGUUAGUCGAUAAAUAAGGAUUGUAUAUGAACAAAUGAGGCUGAUACAUGAUGACCAUUCAUUUCGAAGCGUUUAUUGACGUAGCUCUAUCGUGGAUUCAAAGCUUGGAAUCAGUUUGUAAGUUGAAGGAAUGGUAUGUUAUCGCUCAGAGUGUCAUGAUACCAGCACUUGGCUGAUUUUGUAUUAUUGAAUAAUGUCACCCCAUGUAUGAGUUAGGUUCAGUUCAUAUAUCCGAAAAUACUCAGAGAGCUCAUGGAGAAUGUGAAAUUCGGGUUACAAAAUGUACACUAUCAUUCGAGGGAUAUGAGUUAGUUAUUUGUCCCUUGCUGUUGUUAUGUAUACAGAUUCAUGUAUAUGCAUCUGUCUAGUUGUUCAAAACUCAAAUUGGUAAGAAGUGAGCUUUUUUCAGUUUCCAGUCUUUAUUGGAAAAGCUAGGACUUCGGUUGA